CAUUUUAUCAUGAUUUUUCGAAAUUGAAAUACCCGAGAAUUUAGUGAAGGAUGUCGGUCAUGUUUAGAUCUUUCCUAUUGAAUUCUUUUAGAUCAAGUAGUUCAAGAUGCACAUUAACCUGUGAAUUCUUCUCCAGAACAUAUGCGACCAAACUUUAUAUUGCUUGGAAACCAGAAGAAGACGAAAUUAUAAAACGCUUUAUUAAAGACAAGGGGGGGCGAAGUUGGAGGGAACUGACGCAGCAGGAAUUACCCUUACGUACCGUACGGCAAUGUAAAAAUCGCUGGUAUAAGCUCAACAGCGAAAACUUUAAACGAGGGCCUUUUACACCUGAAGAAAGGGAGACUCUGAAUCAAGCAGUAAAGGAACUUGGAGAGAAUAACUGGAAAGCAGUUCAUCAACAAUACUUUCCUCAGCGUACGGCCGAUAAACUCAGCAUGGAGUGGCAGCAAGUAAAAGAAGAAAAUAAACGCAAGCCCUGGACUCAAGUAGAAGAUCAACUAAUAUUGAAGGGAGUGGAAGAGUUUGGAACAGCGUGGACGGCAAUAGCUAAUAAAUAUCUGCCGGAGCGAUCAAACUGGCAAAUUCGUAAACGAUAUAGAAGGCAUCUCGACAAUACAAGUAACCGCACAAAAUGGACAGAUGAUGAGGUCGAACUGUUAGCAGAACGAAUUGAAGAGUUUGGAAAAAAUUGGCAAAAGUUAGCGGAAGGAAUACCUACAAGAACUGCUGAACAAUGCCGCUGUAUAUGGUUACGCAUGUUGGAUCCUGCGUCGAAGACAAGGCAAUGGACUAGAGCAGAGACAAGGUUGUUUUGGAGAAAAGUAUAUCAAUAUGGAAACUUAUCCAAAGCUGUUAAUCAAUUACCGAACCGAAGUUACAAGCAAGGGCGUAAACAAUUUUAUGCUACACUGAAGGACAAAGGCUUUUUGAACGCAUAUGGUCAGCAAGUAACUCAGGAAUUAUCCAACCGUAAGCCCGGCUGGAUCACGAGGGUAGCGAAACUUGCCUGCACUUGGCUAGGUGAAACACAAUGGGAGCCAGCUGAAUUACAUAAAUUAGAAACAGCAGUAUUAAAGAUGAUGGAAAAGAAAAAGAAGCUAAAAUAUGAACAUUGGAAGCAGAUUUCCAGGAAUUUCGUUGGCAGGACACCUAUGCAGUGUAAACAUCAGUACACUGAGUAUAUCAACCAUUUGGCACCUGAGCGAGCAGAACCUUGGGCAUCAGAGGAAGAUAAAGUUCUGCGAAAACUGGUCGGUCAGAUAGGAAGGGAUUGGGACCAAAUUAGUAAAAUGAUGCCUUUACGAACAAGAAGAGAGAUUCGUGACAGAUGGUACAGCUUUUCGCGGAAAAGCUUAAAUGAACGCGAUAAAUAACUUUUCCUGUUUCGGAAGAAUGCUUGAAUAUUACUGUUUUAACAGGCUGUUGAACAACCUAUAAUUUGGAACUAUGUACAUAUUAAUAUAUAACUAUGUCAAUAAAGUAUUUGAUUUUUAUCUUGCCACAAA